AUUACUACGUCAUCUUAAUUAUCUGUGCUUUAUAUAAUUUUUCUUUUCUCAGAACAAUAAUAUGUGCAUUACACAUUAAAGUUUGCUGAAACUGGUGAUUUGCUAAUUUCAAUUGUUAAAUGUUUAAUACCGUCCAAUGCAAAUAAAUUUCAAAUGUUUUCUUUAAUAAAUCUAAAACUUCACCAACAUGGCUUGAAAAGGUUAUAUUAUUAAUCAAGCAAUUUGGUUUCGAGCCAGAUAAUAUAAAUGCACAAAUCUCUGGUUAUACAAAAUUCUGUGUCUAUUCUAAUGUGAAUGUUUUAUGAAAAGUGAGUUUGUUAAGGUUAUUGGAGCAUAAUGGAGACAAAUUGUAACAAAAUGGAAGACUCAGAUGAAUUUAUGGAAUUAUAUAUUCAAGACGGCGUGUUAUUAAACAGUGCUCCGGCUACUUAUAUGAACUGCAUUAACACAACAGGAACUUUGCUUAUUACUGAGUAUUUGAACUCCAAUAAAACUAGAUAUAUUGAAUGGAAACCUAAUGAUGUUACUAUUGAUUCUGAUGUACAAGAUCAAGAAUGGGCAGUAGUGAAUACAGUGAAAGGAAGAAACAGAACUUUCAGUGGAUCAUUACCUCCAGAAUCUUCGAAUCGAUCCAAAUAUAUUAAAAUAAAUUUUAAGGAUAUUAAAAGUUUUCGAGUUGCACGUAGUAGCCAUAAACUUACAUUUUAUGAUGGCAAAAGUGACCCCAUAUGUACAUUUACCUUUUUGCACUGUAACUGUGAUUCUUUUGUUGGUUGCCUUAAAUCAUUUAUGAGAACAGCACUUGCUAAAAGGGACAAGCAUCUGUUUAUUGUACUUGAUGAUUACCUCGAUACUCCUGAAACUAAUCGAUUGGAUAAGUCCUUUGCUGAACUGGAUUUAUUUCAAGAACAGCCAUCUGAUUUGAUGUGGAGAUUUGUAAAAAAUUUUCAAAAUAAACCUUAUGAAACAACUAUGGAAGCAUUUUCAAAGUUAACAGAUAUUGGCCGUAAAAAUUAUUCACCUACCAAUGAACCUUCUGUCAGUGGUAAUCUUGAAAAUUCUAUGCUUUCUGUAUAUCGUGGUCCUGAACAUAGAUACAUGGAUGAUGAAGUUAAUGAGUUAUUAAAUCGCAGUCUAGAAGGUGUGGAUUAUUCUCUAUCCACUCAGUAUGAAUAUGUUCCUAAAUUGCCUGAAAGAAAAGAGCCACCAAGGGGCACACCUCUUACAAUAGAACAGUGGAAGACUUUGCAAGAUAAUGAAGGGAGAAUAGAAGAUGUAGAACCCAUUAAAGCUAUCAUAUUUAGAGGGGGCAUCGAUCCUGCUUUAAGAAAAGAAGUUUGGAAAUAUCUACUAGAUUAUUACCCUUGGAACAGUACACACGAAGAAAGGAGUAAAAUAAUCGAAAAAAAGAAAGCAGAAUAUUAUACAAUGAAGCGCCAGUGGAGCACAAUGUCUCAAAUUCAAGAGGAUAACUUUUCUGAUUUUCGGGAGCGAAAAAGUCUAAUAGAAAAGGACGUACGACGCACAGACAGAACUUUGGAUUAUUUUUCGGGCGAUAAUAAUCCUAAUUUGGAAGUAUUGUAUGACAUACUCAUGACCUACGCCAUGUACAAUUUUGAUUUGGGUUACGUCCAAGGAAUGUCCGAUUUGCUAUCUCCUAUUCUUAACUUGGAAGAUAAUGAAGUAGAUGCUUUUUGGUGCUUUGUCGGGUUCAUGAAUAAAGUGAGCCUCAACUUUGACAUCGACCAAGCUGGUAUGAAAGAACAGCUCCAACAUUUGCACACUUUGCUCGAAUUUCUACAGCCGGAACUCGCCAAUUAUCUCGAUCAUCAUGAUUCCGGUAACAUGUUUUUCUGUUUUCGCUGGGUGCUGGUAUGGUUUAAACGGGAACUGAGCCAAGAAGACACAACAAGAUUAUGGGAAGUCCUAUGGACUGGCGUGCCCUGCCACAAUUUUCAUCUUUUGGUCUGCAUAGCCAUUCUCGAAACGGAGAAAGAUGCCCUCGUAGGUAACAAUUACGGUUUCACCGAGAUUUUAAGGCAUGUAAAUGACUUGUCUGGUAAUUUAAACGUAGACGCGAUGAUUUGUCGGGCAGAAGGUAUGUAUUACCAAAUAAGAGAAGCUGAACAUUUAACAAACAACAUUCGAUCGAUACUGGGACUUCCACUGGUAAAUGGAACGACGGAUACGAAUGACAGCAAAGAAGCAUCACCAUUAACAUCCACCGAUGUUUCAAACGACUUACAAAGUUGCUCAUUAGAAGCGAUUGGUGAUGAAGAAGUACAAUGCGACAGAGCUAUAAACUUGUCGUACUUAUAAAUUGUAUAUUUUUUUGGUACAAGCAUAGUCUCUUUUCGUCAUCGAAAUUAAGUAAAAUAUUGUAAUUUGAAAACGAAUGCAAACCUUUUUAGGCUAUUUUAUACACAGGAAAAACUUCUUAUCACCUUAUCAGUAAUGAAUAGGUUAAAAAGUUAGAUUUUUAUUAUCAAUUUAAGUGUGUUAUACUUAUGUCAAAAGUGAGAUUGCGUUGUAUGUAUACUAUUUAUCGCGUGUAAUAUUGUAAAAGAUAUAACUUAACUAGAAUCUUUUGAUGACAAGAUUUCACAAGUAGAAGUAUCUUUAGAAAAUUGAAAAUUAAACAUUAAAAAAAGGUACUUCUUUCUAACGAAUAUUUUAAUUUUAUUUUUAUUAUCAGUAUAAAGGAGUUCUCAAUCAAAGAAAUGAUUAUUAAUUAUUCGUUGCAAGUUUUAUUUACGUCAUAGAAGUAUUUUGUACAAAAAGAUAAACUAAAAUUCCGUUAUAUUUUCAUUAUUUAUUUUAAAUAUUUAAAAUGAAUGAUAGAGUUACAGAAUUACAAAAACAAUUUCAUGUAGUUUCAAAUAGAUAUUGCAAUUGCAAUUUUCUAUUGUCUUGAUAAUAGUUCUUUUUGUUUUUAAUUGCUUAGUUUACAGCAUUGUUUUCAGUAUUAAUAGAUGUUUCUAAAAAAAUUAAUGAAAUGAUGCCAAUAAAUGAAAAAAAUAUUCUUUUUUAAAUGUUUAUUUAAAUCUAACAGUACGAAGUAUUUUUAAAACUUAAAACAAUUAAUAUUUGUGGCAGUUUUUAAGUUUAUGUAUAGAUGAACAUAUUUACUUUAAGCAUUAUGUAUAACCUUAGUCCUGUAUAUGAGCCUGUAAAAAUACGUCUUAUAAAAUUUAUACUAUUUUCAAAUAAAUAUAAUGCGCAACUA